UAUUUGUGUGCAUGGGCAUCAAUCGAAAUAUUAUUGUGUAGAAACAUUUUUUUUUUAAUUGUCAACAAUGAUAAUUUGUUGUGUUGAUGCAUGUUUUGCAGGGAACUCUCAAGGUUACUUUUGUUUGCUGCCGCAGCAUGGCUUGCUAGCUGCAUUAUUUGUGUGCAUGGGCAUCAAUCGAAAUAUUAUUGUGCGAUGCCCUUCUACACGCGUGGUGCCAACCAAACAACGUACGCUGAUUUCAUUCACAAUCUUCGAGAUGAGAUGGGAAGCCAAUCCACCAUCUACGGCAUUCCCCAGCUCCAAGAUGCGGCCAGUUUGGCAAAUGAAGAUCGAUAUGUUGAGGUGACACUCUAUAGUUCAACUGGGACGAGUAUCACUGUGGCGAUAGACAAAGUCAAUGCUUAUGUAAUUGGUUAUCAGAAUGGUUAUGAUGCUUAUUUCUUUCCUGGUCAAGAUGUUCCAGAGACAUCUAAUGUGUUUGUAGGCGCUACACGUUGCUUGCUUCCUUUUAAUUCUUCCUACUCGGCUCUGGAGAAAAGCGCAGGCACUACAAGAGGAAGUACUAAAUUAGGUAUUGGGGAAUUAGAUAAAGCCAUACAGGCUCUCUAUGAUAAGAAAGAAGACUCUGCUUUGGCUUGUUCCAUGCUCAUUGUCAUUCAGAUGAUCUCAGAUGCUGUGCGAUCCAGGUACGUAGAGAAGCUUAUCCUGCAACACAUUUCAAAUGAUAAUAGUACUUCGGUGUUCCUUCCGACUCCUGCCAUGAUCGCCUUUCAGGACGAAUGGAAAAACCUCUCCAGUAAAAUCACGUAUUCAGUUGGUGGCGUAAUUUAUCCUCCAUUUAUAUUACCAACUGGUUCUAAUCAAAAAGUGUCUGUCACCUCAGUCUUCAUAACCUUCCGCUUAAAUAUUGGGGUCAUUCUUUUCUACUGUCAUCCAGCUACCGCUGUUCCAACACCUCACUCUGUUACUUGUCAGAACAUUCCAGAACCUACUGUCCUGAUCAGCGGUCGCAAUGGGUACUGUGCUGAUGUAGAAUCAAACUUUUAUAGAAACGGAGAUGCAAUAAUCUUGUAUCCAUGUAAGUCCACUAAGAAUGCAGGCGCAGCCAAUCAGCUUUGGACAAUUAAGAGAGACGGGAGCAUUCAAUGUCGCAAAAAGUGCUUGAACGCAAAGGCUCUUACAGCUGGGAAAAAUAGGAUAAUUCCCCGGAAAAAUAUGACAAUCUACAACUGUUCAACAGCAGAGCCUGAUUCCAUCAAGUGGAACAUAAAUGAUAAUGGCAACAUUGAAAAUCCCAAGUCUGGAUUAGCAGUCAGCGGUUUCAAGGGUAAAACCUUCUCUCCGUUGACAGUAGAAAAAAAUACAUAUGCAUCAAGCCAGGGCUGGCGCCUCAGCAAUAACACUAUGCCUGUAGUGACCCCUAUUAUUGGCUUCGAAAGUUUGUGUAUGCAAGCAUGUGGCGGUAAUACAGUGGAAAUGCUCGAGUGCAGUAACACAACUGCGCAGAAAUGGAAACUUUAUCCGGAUGGUACUGUCCGACCAUACUCUGCAACCUCUAAUUGCCUCACCUCAAAGUCCUCCCAAGAUGUCAAAACUUUGGUUCGUGCAAUGGAGGUGAUGCUGAACGAUGGUUAUUCAAUUACGAUUAUAGCAUUUCUGACGCAGCUAAAAAAUUUGUGCUGGAAGUUAAUAAACAGAAGAAGAUAG